AUGGACUGGGACGCGCUGCAGCUGCGCCGCCUGCGCCCGCCCUUCCGACCCAAAGUGUUCUGCCGCGACAUGGACUGGGACGCGCUGCAGCUGCGCCGCCUGCGCCCGCCCUUCCGACCCAAAGUGGUGAGUACCGCGUACUUAGGGUCUAGUUCUGCCGCGACAUGGACUGGGACGCGCUGCAGCUGCGCCGCCUGCGCCCGCCCUUCCGACCCAAAGUGGUGA